GCAGGCAGACGACGGCCACAAAUCGGUUUGUCGACGAGAGGGUGUAUGUGUGUGUAAUUAUAUAUAUAUAUACAUAUGUGCGUAUAUGUAAAUGUGCAAAAUACAUACACAGGCGUAAAACGCGUUCCGUUGGAUAUUCUUACUUUCGUUGUGUUGAAGAAAAUUGCAAAAAAAUUUAAUUUAAAAAAAUUUACAAAAUUCUCAAACGCUCCAAAUCGUAAGCGUUCGCUUGUUACUUUCGAGCAAAGCAGUGAGUGAGUGUGUUUUUGUUGCAUAAAUUUGUAUUUUUUUCGUGCAGUAAAUCAGUGUUCGCACUCAAAAACGACUUGCCAACACACGAAGCCAACAACAAUUGCAACAACACAGAAAUUAAAGUGCAAAAGUUAAUAAAAGCGAGUUGAAAAAUACAAAAAAGUUAAAUAUUAAUUAAUAAUAUUGCAGCCGCAGUAAGCACGAUCGAGCCAUCACGACACAAAUACAAAAACAACAGCAGCAACAACAAAAACAACGAUACAAGCUAAUUUAGCAACAACAACAGCUGUUUUUCCUUCUCUGCUGUCAGCAGCUCACACUCACUUUCGGGCUGCCUGUUGCAAAAUUUCAAAAAAAAAAUAAAAAAUAUAGUAUUCAAAAAGCAACAACAAUAAAAAUGUUGUUUUGAAUUUCAUUUCAAAAAAUCACCACAGCCGCGCAGUGAGGCGUGUGUGCAAUCCGCAGCAUUCGAGAGGUGAAGCUGCAUUUGCUCUAAAACAACAAGAAAAUGAAUAAAUGUGCGAAAAACUGAAAAAAUUUAAAAGCCAGUGGCAUUUCGGAAUUUUUAAUUGAGCUUAAAAAGUUGUGACAAAAAAUUCAGUAGAGAAAUAAUUUUUUUUCUUUCACUGAGAAGUGUGAAUUGUGUGUGAGAAUAUUUUGUUGCUGCUGACGUUUUAAGGCAAAAUCUAGACGAAUUAAAAUCAGCGCAGAUUUCAAACACACUGAACUCCUUAUGGAAAAUAAAGUGAAAUUUUAUGUUUGUAAUUAGGAACAACUCGCGCGGAGGGUAAAACGAAAUACAUAAAUUUGAUUUAGAAAAUAAAAAUUUUUAGUUUACAAUUAACAAACCUAAAAAGAAAACACAACGAAAGCGAACAGUGAGAGAGAGACUCAAGCACAACAACGCUAAUCGCCACAAAAGUGAAGUGUGAAGUGCGAAAUUCAACGCCAACUGCCAACAUACACAUACCCACACGCACACACACACUUACGCAAAGAAAAACAUUUUCUUACCGCACAUUUUCCAUUUUUCUUCGGUGAAUUUUCGUCGUUCCGCUGAAAAUCGCGCGUGACGCGUCGUCCUCUAUACGUCUUCUUCUGUGUUAUUUCUUGCCGCCACUUCGCCUUCAACUGCCAAUUUGCCACAUAAAUACAAAAGCACAAACUCAUUUUGCAAAGACUUUUUGCGCAGGCCUUCAGACUUCAGACUGUGUUAACCUUUAGAAAUUAUUAAGCAUCAACAUUAUUUACAAAAUGUCACACAACAUUAGAAUUUUAUUGGCGAUCAUCGCUUCAAUUGUCACAAUAUGCUCAUCACUGCCAGAUUAUCACAAACAAAUGUCACCCACACAACUGCAAUCGGUGUUCCACGUCGACGAUGUGAACGCUGUGCCGCAGUAUGAAGUCGUGCAGCUGUUGCAUAACAGUUUUGACGACGGUUUGGCGUCACUCCCUGAACAUUAUCGUCGUCGUCGGCGACGCAGCAUCAACAGUGUUGAUGGAGCUGCUCGUCCGACCAUCAAGGAGCCACAUCACGUGAAGAAGGAUUUGAGUAAAAAUCCUUAUUAUAGUGAAUUGAAAGCGGCCGCUAAUACGCCAGGUGCUGGUGGUGUGAACACUCUACAGCAAGCGGCGAAUGGCAAAUUCGCUGGUGAUUUACGCGAGUUAAAAGAGCACAAAGUUUCGUUUAAUGCUUUCGGUGAGAAUUUGAAUUUAACCUUGAAGAGAACAGAUAGUCUGUUCAAGGGAGGUUCCCCUAAUACGCUGCGUAUGUGGACUGUGCGCGAUGAGGCAAAUGCGACGCAUGGUUUGGAUCUGCAGGAGGUUUUCGAUGUGGAUGCUCAAUCUAGCGAUCAAAUUGGCGAAGUCUAUCAAGACGAAGCCAAUAUGGCGGCCAUUUUAAUGCGGCGCCAUUUGGAAACUGGUGAUUUAGUAAUGGAGGGCAGCAUUGGUCAUGAGAUGGUGAUAAAACCGCUGCCGCACGAUCUGAGCCCAAACCCAGAUGCCGCACAUCACAUUGUUUACAAACGUGAGGCCCAGCCGCUAGAGCAUUUGAGCGAUUUCGCUUUUAUGGAACCCGAUGAUUUGGCUACCAGCGAGAAACUUGAACGAUUACAACAACAUCGCCAACGUCGCGCAGCGCCAGCCGAAGAUGACGACGAAGCAGCGUUAGAGGAAGUGGAUGGUGAAUUGGAGUCAGCGGAAGCCAGGUUUACACGUAACAGACGUCAAUUGCCCUAUAUUAUCUAUCCUGAGGUGUUGGUCAUCAUCGAUUAUGAUGGUUAUCGGUUGCAUGGUGGCGACAAUUUGCAAGUGAAGCGUUACUUUGUUUCGUUCUGGAACGGCGUUGAUUUGCGCUAUCGUUUGCUGAAGGGUCCAAGGAUACGCAUCAGCAUUGCUGGCAUUAUUAUUUCGAGGGGAAGAGAUGCAACACCAUACCUGGAAAGGAAUCGUGUCGGACGAGAUGCCAUCGAUUCAGCGGCUGCCUUAACCGAUAUGGGUAAAUAUUUAUUCCGUGAGCGCCGUUUGCCCGUCUACGAUAUUGCUGUCGCGAUAACCAAGUAUGAUAUGUGUCGAAGACGUAAAGGCGGUCGUUGCACCAAAGGCACUGCGGGUUUUGCAUAUGUUGGCGGUGCCUGCGUUGUGAACAAGCGUUUGGAAAAAGUCAACAGUGUUGCCAUCAUUGAGGAUACCGGCGGUUUCAGCGGAAUUAUUGUGGCUGCCCAUGAAGUUGGACACUUGCUCGGCGCCGUUCACGACGGCUCACCACCACCCAGCUACCUCGGCGGUCCGGGUGCUCAGCGCUGCCGCUGGGAGGACGGCUACAUAAUGUCCGAUUUGCGACACACCGAGCGCGGUUUCCGGUGGUCACCAUGCACCAUACAGAGUUUCCAUCACUUCUUGAACGGCGACACCGCCACCUGCUUGCACAAUGCACCGCAUGAAGACAGCGCGCUGGGACGCGCAUUGCCCGGCACACUGCUCUCGCUGGACGCGCAGUGUCGUCGCGAUCGCGGCACGUACGCUUGCUUCAAGGAUGAGCGCGUGUGCGCGCAACUAUUCUGUUUCGAUGCGCAGACGGGCUACUGUGUGGCAUAUCGGCCGGCCGCGGAGGGUUCCACAUGUGGCAGCGGGCUGACGUGUCUGGACGGUCGGUGUACGCCAGCUACUUCAAAUGUCAUACCAGCUUACCGUUCUUACAAUGACAACAACAGUGGCACCGAAAAUACUGAUACUAGUAGCGAAGAAGAAGAUGAGGGGGAGAAUGUAAGUAGCGAAGAAGAGCAGGAUCUGCCGAACGUCUUGGCUAAGAGUACACCUACGACCCAGCAACGUUUCGGUAAUACGGUGGAGAAGACGUCACGCGAAGUCGACGACACUUCCGAUCCCAAACGUAUUACAACAAAAACGAUAACCACCAGCAAUACACAUACACCGACACAAACGGACUCACGCACCACGAUCACCUUGGAGACACACUCACGACACCAACACAACAACAAUCAGCAACGGCAAGUGCAACAGGGUACUUUAGAAUUUUUAGCCAGGUUUUUAGCACAGAAUCCACAAUGGCAACAGCUUUUGGGACAAGCGGCGCAGGUAAACGCGCUAACCGGCGCCGCCACGAAUGCCGCCGAUGUGGCAACCAUAGAGACUGCCGCAAAGGCGAAAGUGGCAGACAAAGUGGCAUCCGCUCAUAUGCCACAAACAAAGUUGCCGCAGGGCGCAGUCGUUGUGCAAACGAGCGUGACCAGCAGUACGAGCAGUAGUAGUGGCGUUAGUAGCACAAAUAGUAGUAGUUCAGGUAGUAAUAAUAGUAGUAAUGGUAACAGUGACAAUCAAACAGUUGUUGAGGAUACUGGCGCGUUGCAAGUUGCUGAGUAUAUUGACCUUAAUAAAAGCGAAAAACAGCCUAUACUGAGCGUAGUGGACGAAAAUAAUGCCAAAGCAAAAACUAUGCUAACACAAAGCAAAUCAGAACCCGAAAUCCAACCACAACCACACCAACACACAACCAGAUUGGCAAAAUUAACACAAAUUCAACAGCGCAAACCAACCACCACAACCACAGCAACAACACCACCAACCGCACAACCUAACCUCUUCCAAAUUUACACGCAAGAAUUACGCAAACAGUUACAAUAUUAUUUAGGUUUCCUGCGAGCGCACACUGGCGACAACGUCAGCGCUGGCGAUAGUAGUAGUAGUAUUUUGAGUAAUAGCAAACGUACAGCAACAGUAAAGCAAACCGUUACAACCAACACAACUAAUUCAAAUUAUAGCAAUACGGUGAGUGCGGCCGCGAAAUUACAGCAACAGUCGGCGUUGCUGGACAACAACAAUCGCAACAAUGCGGACGACAUCGAUGACAACGAGGACAAUGUGAAUGACAGCAAUGUGGACGCGGAUGAUGACGCGAGCAAUGAGGCAAUAGAUGACAAGCAACAGAAACGUAAGUUCAAUACAGCAACAACCAUAAACGUGAGUGCACAACAACAACAAAACACACAACCAGCGCCGCCACCGUCAGCACCGACUCGCAGCAGCAGCAAUGGCGGCAGUAACGGCAAUAAUAACAAUAACAAUAACAGUAAAGCGCUGCAAAGGCCGGCGACAUUUCUUGACGCCUAUUUGAAGAAAUUGCAAGCGCUUAAUGCGCCAACGGACACAACGGCCACACUGACGGCCACCACCACGAGCACCACAAUGUCGACAUCGAGUGUGGUGGGCAGUGGCGUCGUCGGCAAAGCAGUACCAGCUGCCGAUACGCCCGAGAACGAACCGGUGAAGCGUGCGCCGGCGGAAACGUUCGGCAGUCACUUUCUCAAACGUACGCAAAAUUUAUCGAAUAGUAAAAGUAGUAGUGUGGGAGGUAGUAGUGGUGUUGAUGGUAGUGUUGGUAAUAGUAGCGAUAGCAACAUUUACAUUAAUCAUGGUAACAGCUACAACAACAACAAUUCAAAUAGAAAUCACAAAAAACUUACACGCAUUUCGAGUCACAAUGCUGCUGCAAACAGUCGUACGUCAUAUGAUGAUGCACACGAGCAAGUGCACGAACAUGUUGUGAGCGAUGUGGCAACACACAUCGCGACAACAACACAACAACCAGCAUAUGUUACAAAUUAUUUAGGUGAUAAUACAAAUAAUUUGCCAAGCUUGCUGGAACAGCAACAGCAAGCACAACAGUCAUCCUCAACAAAAACAACAACAACAUCCGCACAAGAACAACAAAAUCAACAAACAUCACAACAAAAAGCACAUAAAAUCAGAACACAAAAACUAAUACGUCGUCAAUUGUUGCGUACGCAAAUUAAAUGAAGACAAUACGUAAAGUUUGUGCGUAAGUGACGCCAGCGUUUACAUUUGUUCUGCUAUAGCACCAUAUUUAGUUUGUAAUUCUAUUUAUAUAUUUAGCAUUUAAAGCGCCAAGAGGAUUACAUUACUUUCUCACUUCAUGUGCGCAAUACCGUUGCAUUCAGCAAUCACGCACACACACUACUGUACGCCACUACACACAGCGUUAGAAAAAACGCAGAGUUACCAACUUGUCAUUCUGACAAGCAGCUAUUUUUUUUUCAAAUUAUUUGUCAGUUAGCAGAAAAAAUAAUAUUUAGUACGCGAAACGCCACGCCAAAUGUACCGGUUAUUCUGCUUGCUUAGCGCUAUAGGCGCCCAAGCGAUUUUCACAUAAUCAACUACGCUCACAUAAAACGCAAACACAGCGCACACGCUUCUCUUCCUCAGAAGCAUUACAAAUAACUACACGGUUACUAUCGACUUUCGUUGCCAAUCUACAAAAAUGCGUGGUUAACUGGAAGGCGUUUCCUUUUUGAAGAGAAUAAUUCCGUUGCUGACUGAGUGAAGGCGCCGCCAUACGUUUUUCAUAUAAAUAACGUUUUCUAUUUUGAUUUGACGUCCCAUAAAUAUGAUCGGAAGCAUAUAAUGCAAAAACAAAUGUGGCAGCAAUUGACGAUGACAGCAGCGGUAACAUGAACGAGCAUCUCAACACAACCACAACAAUUAACAGCCGUAUAUUAUGUCGAUAUAAACACAUAUUUAGUAAAAGAUUUACGUACUAGUAUAUUUAAAUUAGGCAGCUUGCAAAAGACACAUCAUUGCCAUUUUAAAUUUUUUCAAACAAAUAUUAACAUACACAUUUACAUUUCUAAACAAAUAGUUGAAAUUAAUGCAUGAAUUUAGUUGAAGCAGUUAAAACUGAAUAUUAAUCAAAUAAAACGCAUGAAAUCAUACAGCGCCACGCAUACAUACAUACGCAAUUACAUAAACGGUUUCAUUUAAACCAGCACAUAUCCCUAUGCUACCCAAAAUAUUUACUUAAGUAUGUAGUUAUGUACAACACAACAUACAUGUAUGCGUCGUAAAAAUACAAGAAGCAUCGAUCACACAUAACCACACUUGAGAACAUCCAUAUUUAAAUAUUUCAUACGUACUUUAAAAAGAAACAUAGUUAGAAUUUAUUGAUUUGUUUUAGGAUUUAAUUAUUA